UAUAGUGAAUGUGGGAAAGCUCGUAACCAGUCCUCCAGUGUUGGUGAUCAUCAGAGAAUUGAUAAGGGAAAAAGCCCAUUCACAUCUAAUAAACCAGGGACCAUAUUUAGUCAGCCAUCAAGCCUAAACAUCAAUGAGAUAAUCCCUUUGGGAAAAGAAACUACAUUUUUAAGGAAUGUGGUAAAUCGUUUGACUGCCACUCACCACUAUCAACAUCAGUGAAUGCAUACUGGAGAAAAAGUAUAUAAAUGUGAAGAAGGCAAUCAAAGCUUUAAGGACUGUUCAUCCGUAAAUGGACAUUCGCAGAUCUGUUCUGGAGAGAAACCCUGCAAAUGUCAAGAAUGUGGCAAGGCUUUUAACGAUCACUCAAGUCUAUAUAGACAUCAUCAAAUUCAUAUUGCAGGGGAAAAUUACAACUGUAAUGAAUGUGCCAAAGCCUUUACAUCAUGCUCAAAACUUACUCAACAUCAGAGAAUUCAUACUGGAGAGAAACCUUUCCAGUGUCAACAAUGUGGCAAGAGUUUUAACCACAGCUCAACACUUACUCGACAUCACAGAAUUCAUACUGGAGAGAAACCUUACCAAUGUCAAAAAUGUGGCAAGGCCUUUAAAUGCCCUUCAUACCUUUCUCAACAUCAUAGAAUUCAUACUGGGAAGAAACCUUAUCAAUGCCAGGAAUGUGGCAAGGCCUUUACCUUUAGGUCUAAUCUUUCUCAGCAUCACAAAAUUCAUACCGCAGAGAAACCUUACCAAUGUCAAGAAUGUGGCAAGGCCUUUAACGGAAGGUCAGAGUUAACAACUCUUAUUGCACAUCACAGAACUCAUACAGGAGAAAAACCUUACCCAUGUCAAAAAUGUGGCAAAAGCUUUAAUUGGAGGUCAUCCCUUAUUCAACAUUACAGAACCCAUAGUGCAGAGAAACCUUACCAAUGUCAAGAAUGUGGCAAGGCCUUUAACUGGAGGUCAGGUCUUGCUGAGCAUAACAGAAUUCAUUGUGGAGAAAAAUCUUACCCUUGUGAAGAAUGUGGCAAGCCCUUUAAGGACAGUACAACUCUUAUUGAACAUUAUAUAACUCAUACUGGAGGGAAACCUUACCGAUGUCAAAAAUGUGGCAAAAGAUUUAAUUGGAGAUCAUCCCUUAUUCAACAUUACAGAUCUCAUACUGGAGAAAAACCUUACCAAUGUCAAAAAUGUGGCAAGAGCUUUAGCCAGAGGUCACAUCUUACUAAACAUCGCAGAAUUCAUACUGGUGAGAAACCUUACCAAUGUCAAAAAUGUGGCAAAAGCUUUAACUGGAGCUCAUCUCUUACUCAACAUCAUAGAACUCAUACUGGAGAGAAACCUUACCAAUGUCAAGAAUGUGGUAAGGCCUAUGCCAUCCCUUCACAACUUACUAAACAUCACAGAAUAACUCACACUGGAGAGAAACCUUACCAAUGUCAGGAAUGCGGAAAGGCCUUUACCUGGAGGUCAGGUCUUACUCAGCAUUACCAAAUUCAUUGUGGAGAAUAAUCUUACCAAUGUGAAGAAUGUGGCAAGCCCUUUAGGGACACCUCAACUCUUAAUGAACAUUACAGAACUCAUAUUGGAGAGGAACCUUAGCAAUGUCAGGAAUGUGGCAAGGCCUUUAACUGCCUUUCACACCUUACUCAACAUCAUAGAUUUCAUACU